UUAAAUUUAAAUAUGUAAUUAUUUGUCUAAAGCAACUAACAAAAAUGGAGGAUAAUUUAAGAAGUGGGGAAAUUUGACGUGAAUUUAUCAAUUUCGUUUCGUUGCCGUCGUUGAAAUACACAGCAAUGACAAAGAAACGUAGAAAUGGAGGACGUGCUAAGCAUGGUCGUGGUCAUGUAGCUCCUGUGAGAUGCACAAAUUGUGCAAGAUGUGUUCCAAAGGACAAAGCAAUCAAGAAAUUUGUUAUUCGUAACAUUGUUGAGGCUGCUGCUGUUCGAGAUAUUAAUGAUGCCAGUGUUUAUGAAACAUAUCAAUUGCCAAAAUUAUAUGCAAAAUUACACUAUUGUGUAUCAUGUGCAAUUCACUCAAAGGUUGUUCGUAAUAGAUCAGCUGCUGAUCGUCGUAUCAGAACUCCACCAGCACGUAAUUUCCCAAGAGAUAUGCGCCAGGGUGGACCACAACAAAACAGAAAGUAAAUUCACUGUGUCAUUAACUUUGUAAUUACAUUCAUCAACCAACCAAAGAAUAAAUAAACAAAAAUUAAAAAAUA